UUCAUGUACUAGCCCUACAAGUGUACUGGAGAGCGUCGCCUAGCGGUAUGAUGUAGUACGACAGCAAGCACGUCUCCAACACACGCGUACGCCAGUGCAGAACUGUGAGAGUGGACACCCUCCUUCGUAAAGGAUGGCGACGCCUACAAAGGUUGAGUUUGAUGUCCAGAUGACAUGUCAGAGUUGUGCCAGCGCUGUGGAAAAUGCACUCAAGGGUGCAGAAGGUGUGCACUCCUUCAGUAUUGACCUGCCUACAGAACAGGUUGUUGUGGAGACCACCCUCCCAUCAGCCAAGGUGCAGGAACUGUUGGAGUCCACGGGCAGGAGGGCAGUCAUCAAGGGCAUGGGGCAAGCCCACCUGGGCGCUGCAGUGUCACAAAUGUCUGGUUUUGGUAGGAGUGCUGUCCAGGGCGUGGUCAGGUUUGUCCAGCUGUCCGAGAAGAAGGUGGCGAUUGAGGGGACGAUCGAUGGGCUGACACCUGGGCUCCACGGCCUGGCUGUUCAUGAGCUGGGGGAUUUGUCCCAGGGUUGUGACAGCUGUGGAGACCACUUCAACCCUACCAACUCCUGCCAUGGAGGCCCUGGUGACCAGGAAAGACAUGUCGGAGACCUAGGUAACGUCCUGGCUGAUGCGAGAGGUAGAGCAGAAUUUAGGAUGGAAGAUGAGAGACUGAAGGUGUGGGACAUAAUUGGCCGUUCCCUGGUAGUACAUUCUGGAAAGGAUGACCUUGGCAAGGGUAAAGAUGCCUCGUCCAAGCAAGACGGCAGUGCUGGCCCAGGACUUGCCUGCGGUAUUGUGGCUCGUUCAGCCGGCCUGUUCCAGAACCCCAAGAAGAUCUGCACCUGUGACGGUGUCAGCCUCUGGGACGAGCGGGAUGUACCAUUAGCAGGGCCGGGGAGGAGACAGCAGUGUUCUCUCUGAAUCCAGCAGACACAAAGGUCACAUUUACCAAGGAGCAAUUGUAUGCUUGUGCUGACGGAUAAUUUUCCAAGACAAGAAACAUCAAGAUAAAACACACUAUUUACUGGAUAGAUGAAAGUGAACUAGCCUGAUUGAAUCUUGCUCAAAGCAGCCCACCCAACAUCUGGCAGGGAGGGGCCAGAUACAGCCCUGGACAGCAGAGUUUGUGUCACACAGACUAAAUAUGAACUAAGAAAAAGCUUCUAAAAGUAGAAAAAUUGUGGAAUGAAUAUGAUGGAUCCUUUUGAACACUUUCUAGUCCUAUUGAAAGAAGACUAUAGCUAGAUGAGAUUAGCACAAUUUCAGUUGACAUCUGAAUCAGUACCUACUCACUUUACAUAAAGUGUAAAGUCAGUGUUACUGUCUGUACUACUUUACAUUGAAAAAGAAUACCACAUAUAAUGUGUUUGAUUGUACAUACUAUGUUUUGAUCAUAUCUUUUAUUCAUGUAAACAAAUUGUAAGAUGCCUCAAAUGUCUUAUUAUGCCUUAGUAUGCUACUAUAACAUUGUGUAUGGUCAAGUCAAUGAUGAUGAAGUAAAUUAUACUUCCAUGGCAAUAAAGAUUCUUAUCAAUACUUA